GCAGAUGCCUUUUGAUUGCAAGACUGCUGAAAUGAUUUGAGGGCUGCCUCUGCUUUCCUAACCAUGAACAGUUCAAAAUCACUAGGGCUGGCUGGAUUUGGAGUCUUAAAAAACACAACCUGCCACACGGAGAAGAAGAUUUCAGUUUUCUUUUCAAUAAUCUUCAUGACAGUGGGAAUUUUGUCCAACAGUCUUGCGAUAGCGAUUCUCCUGAAGGCGUAUCAGAGGUUUAGACAGAAAUCGAAAGCCUCCUUUUUGCUUCUUGCUAGUGGUUUGGUCGUCACAGAUCUCUUCGGCCACCUCAUCAACGGCACCAUUGCAGUGUUCGUGUACGCGUCAGAUAAAGACUGGAUUCGAUUUAACCAAUCCAACAUUCUUUGCAGUGUUUUUGGCAUCUGCAUGGUUUUCUUUGGUUUGUGCCCGCUCCUCCUGGGCAGUGUGAUGGCUGUUGAACGGUGUAUUGGAGUCACUAAGCCAAUAUUUCACUCUACAAAAAUGACUUCUAAACAUGUGAAAAUGAUGUUGACUAUGGUAUGUCUGUUUGCUGUUCUUAUAGCUUUGCUGCCUAUUCUUAGGUUUAGAGCCUAUCAAAUUCAAGCAUCGAGGACCUGGUGCUUCUAUAAAACAGAACAUGUUGAGGACUGGGAAGACAGAUUUUAUCUCUUACUUUUUUCUUGUCUUGGGUUACUGGCCCUUGCUAUUUCAUUCUUGUGCAAUGCUAUCACAGGAAUUACCCUCUUAAGAGUCAAAUUUAAAAGUCAACAAAGACAAGGCAGAUCUCAUCAUUUUGAAAUGAUCAUUCAGCUCUUGGCUAUAAUGUGUGUUUCUUGCAUUUGCUGGAGUCCAUUCCUGGUGGCAAUGGCCAGAAUUGGAAUAAAUGAGGAUCAUUCAAAUGAGACCUGUGAGACAAUACUUUUUGCUCUCCGAAUGGCAACGUGGAAUCAGAUUUUAGAUCCCUGGGUGUACAUUCUUCUCCGGAAAGCCGUACUUAAAAACUUGUACAAGAUCACAAGGGGAUGUUGUGGCAUGCAUAUCAUAAACUUACACAUGUGGGAACUCAGCUCUAUCAAGAAUUCUUUGAAGAUUGCAGCAAUAUCUGAGUCACCAGUAAGUUCCAAACAAAUAAACCUACAGCCACUCAACUCUGCGGGGCAAUAAAGUUAAACAUGGUAUAUGAAGAGAUGAUGGAGGCAAUGCUCAUACCUGGGCAAUACCUUAAAAUGAAUUCCAAGGUUCAGUGGUUUGGCAUUUGUUUUAAAUUGUGUUUUGCUCUUGUUGCUUACCAGUCUGAUAUUGCUACUCCAAAGAUGCAUUUGAACAUUUUAGUUCAUUUUAGAUACAUCCCUUCCAAAACUGG